AUGACAAUGCGCCGAAUUUUUCAAAUUACAGUAUCAAACCUGAAAUAUGAUUUAUAUGCUGUGUACGGAGGUCGAAUACCGUUUGGCGUACGAACUGAUUCCGGUGCAUUGUUUGUCAAGGAACCACUGGAUUAUGAAAAGGAAAAUGUUUAUCAUAUGAAAUUAUUCGUAACGGAUGGUAAACACAAUGCAACGACGGAUUUGUAUGUUUACGUUGAUGAUGUGAACGACAAUGCACCGGUGUUCGAGAAAAACCUAUAUGAGAUUACAAUUUCGGAAGAGGAUUACAACGUCCCGAAAACACUGUUUAUCGUCAAAGCUACAGAUGCUGAUAAGGUUAGGAAGAUUUUCCGUAAUGCACAAUCUCAUUUCUGA